AUGCAAGCUCCCGCCGAAGCAGAGAGGGAAAGUCGCAAUGGCAGCUUGGCCUACCGCAAAUGCUUGAGUGGGUGGAAGGUGGGCAAAGCCACAGCGGAGCAGCAGCGAGCCUCCCCCCUGGGCGCCGGAUCCCAGGGUGGGAGGCAGCCUUCCCGAUAUAAAGAAAGGAUCGGCACAUCGCCUCCGGGUGUCUGCAUCCAGGCUCAUAUUAAAUUUCCUAUGGACUACCCAUAUUCACCACCUACCUUCAGGUUCCUGACCAAAAUGUGGCAUCCCAACAUUUACGAGAACGGAGAUGUAUGUAUUUCAAUCCUUCACCCACCUGUAGAUGACCCUCAGAGCGGAGAGCUCCCGUCUGAACGGUGGAACCCAACCCAGAAUGUCAGGACUAUUCUACUGAGCGUAAUCUCCUUGCUUAACGAACCCAACACCUUUUCUCCAGCGAACGUGGAUGCUUCGGUCAUGUUCAGGAAAUGGAGGGACAGCAAAGGGAAAGACAAGGAAUACGCUGAGAUCAUUCGGAAACAAGUCCAGGCAACCAAGGCAGAGGCCGAAAAGGACGGUGUGAAGGUUCCCACCACGCUGGCGGAGUAUUGCAUCAAAACUAAAGUGCCUUCCAGUGACAACAGCUCAGAUUUGCUUUACGACGACUUGUACGACGACGACAUUGACGACGAGGACGAGGAGGAGGAGGAAGACGCCGACUGCUACGAUGACGACGAUUCCGGCAACGAGGAGUCGUGACCUGUCUCCCUCCGGCCCCUGUACUGCCUCACCGGUUUGGCCAGAGGGGAGCGGCAGUAGCCGAGUGACAGUUCAGCAAAAAAAAAUUAUAUAUAUAUACAUGGGGGGUGGGGAAAAAUACCAACCAAACCUGCGU